GUGCAAACAAAGCAAACUUCGCCCUGCCCUUGGGCCUUGGCCUGUUGACCGCCAUCUCCGCACCGCCUCGCUCCUUCUCUCCCGAACCACGUUCGCUCCCUUGCUUUGUUCCCUGCAUCUCUCCCCCAUGACCAACUUGCUAUCUUGUCCGCUCGAGGUCCUCGUGAUAAUAGCCUCUGCCAUCGACCCCGAUGAUCUGCCCAGCUUUCGUCUAGCAAAUAGCCGCCUAUGCGAAUGCUCAAUAGACUUCUUCGCUGAACAACUGAUCGAUCGCCGCUUCGUUCUUUCACCUUAUAGUCUGCAGGGUCUUGUCGAUCUCACUGCUCAUCCAGUUUUUGGUCCCCGUGUUCGAUCCGUCGCUCUUGCAGCUCAUCAACUAAAGCCUGAACAUGAUACCUGCCAUGACGGACACUCCAGAGAAGCCGCUGCCAAGCAAUCCCGCUUUAUAGAUACCGGCCACCACGUUCGCAUGCUAUCAGAUGCCCUCUCAAAUCUCGACCGAUAUCAUGUGAUCCCUACGCUUGGUGUCUUCCAGGACAUCUCUGAUACUCCGGCAACCGGCGGGACCAUACAAUGGAGGCACAUGGGCUAUGGUUACGACGAGCUCUACACCACAGAACCUGUCAGGUUCCGGGUCCAGUCCGUACCUGAAGAUGUCAUUGAUGCCUGGCUCUCUGCAAGUGAUCACGCUGGUAUACCCAUCAAACGUUUCCUUGUUCACCUGGGCUGGUACAAGGAGACGGAAACUGCCCCACGCUGGAACAUAACGAAGCAAGACAAGUUGGAUCAUCAGAUUCGCAAACUCUUACUCAACGAGUCUGACAGCGAGCUUGGUCGUCCCAUAAUUAACAUCAAACCGGGCAUUGAUCUCACUAUCGCGUUCGAGACAGGUCACACGGCUCCAUUGUCCGUCCUCGACAUCAAGGAUGCCGAUCGUAGCUUACGUCUUCUCGCUGUGUCCGUAUCCAGCCACGAAGGAGGCAAGCCAGCAUUGGAUGAUCAUACAUUCGGCACCUUGGCCGAGGCCGUGUACCAAGAACACUUUCGAAGCAUCACGAUCGAGCACUGUUUCGUUGAUUCUACCCUUAUUGGUCUACUCCGAGCUCACGCAAGGACACUCCGUCAUCUUGACCUUGACUGUAACAAUUACAUCGAGGGUCCUGCCUCUCGUGGUAUUGACUUACUCACGUUCAUGUAUAACGAACUCACACUUGACUCUCUGCGCAUCAAAUGCAUAGCCUUCAUAGAUGGGGAUGCUCGUACCAUCGAACGUCGUGUCGAGUACGGCUUCUUAUGGCAUGGUUCUGACAUCAAUCAUGGUUUAGUGGGUCUUAUAUCGAGCCUAUUAGAACGGCCGCCAGAUCCUUCAGAUGAUCUGACCAUGAUAUACUCUUGACAAAGCAAGUCGCAACGUCAAAAUAUACUAGUGAAGUCCUUAAGAGCCUCUCGCUCAGCACCAAUCUUGAAUGAAAUAU